CCAGAGCAAAAUCGCAAUGGUAUAUUCAAUCGAGAGGGUAUGGAUUGUCGAUGGGCUGCCGAAGCGCCCGCAGGACACAUUCUUGUAUUGGAGUGUGAUGAGGUUUAUAUGCCAUUGAGCAACAAUUGUAACGACGCCAGAAUUGAAGUAUCAGCAAGUGGUGAAUCGAAUUUAAGCGAUGCCAAUCGAUAUUGUGGUAUAAAAUCAUUUCGCACUCAAUCCGUGGGUAAUCGAAUGGUGAUUGCAUUCAAACCAUUCAGUGCGUUGAAUGCGCUGAUUGGAGCAUUUUUCAGAUGUCGCUUAACGUCUUCACCUGAUAUCGUGUUUCCGUGCGAGUGUGGAAAACGGAAGAAAAAUCGAAUCGUGGGCGGAAUGGAGGCAAUGGUUAAUGAAUUUCCUAUGACUGCCGGGCUUGUGACAAAGAAUGUUCGCGUUAUUUUUUGUGGUGCAACAAUCAUCGAUAAAAGUUAUGCCAUAACUGCAGCACAUUGCUUAAUGAAAAGGGACAUACAGGAUCUGGCAUUAUUGGUCGGUGAUCACGACUAUCGAACAGGCAAUGACACGAAAUUCGCUGCUUUGUACAGAUUAUCCAGAGCUGUUAUUCAUAGUGACUAUAAGUCACAAGACGACAAAAAUGACAUUGCUUUAAUACAAACGGUGCGACCAAUGACUUUUAACGAGGCAGUAGGACAAGUGUGUCUCCCAUAUAGAUUUUCAGAAUCGUCCGAAAAAUUUAUCAACAAAGUCGUGGAAGCCACGGGUUGGGGUUCUAAGGAAUUCAGUGGACCGCUAUCAACGACUCUACAAAAAGUUAAAUUGAAUGUCAUAUCGAAUAGGCAAUGCUCUCAUGCGUUCUCGGAAAGUAUCGACUAUUUCCAGAUGUGUACCUACACCGUUGACAAAGACACUUGUCAGUCUGAUUCCGGUGGUCCACUUCUUUACACAGGACCGUCCAACAAUUUGUUGUACUUAGUUGGAACGCUAGAAAUGCCGAAUCAAUUGUUAGUACUUCUCCUCAAUGCUCUUUUUGUGACAUCAAUCCGAGCUCAAUUCUCUGGCUGUGAUUACUUUCAAAAUGUUGUUGCCGGUCAAACAUAUGACAUAUUUUCGCCUGGAUAUGGAACCUACUAUCCAGCGGGAACUAAUUGUCGUUGGCGAGCUCAGGGACCAGUUAACUCAAAAAUAACGCUUAAUUGCAUAGAUGUGACUUUACCGCAAAACAGUUGCAACGAUAGACUGGAAGUCUCGUGGUCAGGAAUGGACAAUCCCAAUACGAACUGGUAUUGCACUUCACAAACCUUCAGUUCUACAACAGCUGGCAAUUCAAUCAGUAUAGCUCUUAGAUCACAAGCAAGUGGAUACAUAUCCGGGAAAUUUCGCUGCCAGUUAAGCGUACAGUCACAAACCACGACUCCAAACCAAUGCGAUUGUGGCAGACGUAAAGUUAGUCGCAUUGUACAAGGUGAAGUAACUGGAGUGAAUGAAUUCACAAUGAUGGCUGGCAUAAUGGACACAAGGGAUCGGACUGUUUAUUGUGGCGGAACAAUAAUUUCGAAUAAUCACGUUUUAACGUCGGCACAUUGUCUUACGAAUAGAGUAGCGACAUCUUUAUCCGUACUGAUUGGUGACGACGACUACGCAACAACAUCAGACACUCCCUAUGCAGUUUUCUAUCCAGUUAGUAGCGUCACUAUUCACCCGAGCUUUGACCGAAGCACCAAUUUAAACGACAUUGGCAUUAUAAACACAGCAACAAGUAUUGCCUACAAUGUAGCUGUGGGUCCGGCGUGUUUACCAUUUGCAUACGAAACCGUCCCAUUUACUGGCUCCGUAGUGGAAGCUGUUGGAUGGGGCACGAUCUUUUACGGUGGUGAAAUAUCCACGAAGCUUAGAAAAGUUUCAUUGAAUGUAAUUAGCAAUGCGGUUUGUAGUACGUAUUACAGUAAUAUUGCUUCAACACAGAUGUGUGUAAAAACGCCAUCCAAGGACACAUGCCAGAGAGACUCUGGUGGUCCAAUCUUUGGAACUGCUAAUGGCCGAGUGUUUUUGUUGGGCAUUAUCAGUUAUGGUCAAGGUUGUGCGACCGAUUAUCCGUCCGUAAAUACUAGAGUUACGUCGUAUUUAAGUUGGAUACAAGCAAAUACAUUCGGUGCUACUUACUGCCGAUAGAGAAA